AUGAGCUCUUCCUCAAUCUCAGAGUUGUACAGGGAUGUCCCCAAGGCCGACUUGCGCACUAUCAAGUUCGAAAGCCUCUUCGACAAGGACCAUGACUCCCUGGAAGCUUUGAUCAAAGCUUGUGAAACAGACGGUUUCUUCUACCUAGACCUUCAAGCAACCGGUUCUGAGAAGUUCUGGAAAGACUUGAAGGAGAUAGACGAAGUCACCAAGAGCUGGUUCUCGCAGUCAACUGAGGUCAAGCUCAAGACUCCCACAGUGUCUCUUGCCCAUGGAUUCAAGGCCUUGGGCAACCAGUCAGGUUCCGUUGAGGGACACCAUGAUGGGUUUGAGGCCCUUAAGAUCGGACGACACGAGUUAACUGGCCGCUGGGCCCUUGCUUCGGUUGUUCAAGACAACCUCAGGCUUUUCGAUCAAUUCACUGCUUCUUGUCAUUUCAUCCUCAAGCUCCUGCUUGACUGUCUCUCUGAUGGCUUGGAGCUGAAGGGUGAGGCUCGUUUGGACACCAGUCAUCGUGAUGACAGCCGAUCCAAGAGCACUCUUUACUUCCUUCACUACCCCCCUGGAAGUCAAGACAUCAAGAACGUUGGACAGAACAUGCACACGGAUAUCGGUACUCUCACUCUCUUGUUUGCGCCGCAGUGGGGCCUACAGGUGUUUUCUCCGUCUGAUGAGGCCUGGACGUAUGUCGAGCCGCGACCCGGACACGCUAUUGUCAACGUCGGGGACACACUCCGCUUUCUUUCCAGAAAGCGGUUUCGUUCGGCCCUACACCGUGUACUGCCAUUGGGAGGGGUGCAGAACGAGGAUCGCUACUCUAUUUCCUACUUCUUGCGGGCCAUGGACUCGACUGAGUUCAAGGACAGCAAUGAAGAAGAGUCAGAUGCAAAGCAGUGGUAUCUGAAGAAGUAUGAGAUGUACGAGUUGCCUCAUGCUAUCCAAAAACAGCAGACUGUUCUGUCUGGCGGAAUGGCACAGGAGCUUAGGGCAUCGUUCUAA